AUGUCUAACGAGGAAACACAUUCUCGCACGAGCAAAUCGCCGGAGCAACCGACUCGAGAAAAUGACCGCGUAUUCCAGGAUUCCAUCACCUCGUCGAGCCCUCCGCAUGGACACGCUCCUCAGCAAAUCCAAUUUCAGUUUAUAAACAACAAUGACAUUUACCAACAAAGCCCCAUAGAUCAACAUACUACCACUGAUAGCCACCAUAGCCAGCAAACAAAUGAGAUGGGUGACUUUGACCAGCAACAAACAUUCCCUGGGCACACCUUGGAUAAUUCACGGUUUUCAUAUCCUUAUAUUGACCAAGGCUCUCAAAGGAUAUUGCAGAAUGACUCUACCUCUCUGUUCCCAAUCGCUAUACCAGAUAACCUCUCGAUCCCCCAAGAUGUACGCCCUAACGAUCCACAGUCCCAUGUGGACUUGGUAUUGAACCCAAAUCUGUCCGAUCCAACCUCCGGCUCUGCAUUGAACUGGAUCUCAACAGAGCUCCUCAAAGACACAGAAGACGCACUACUAUUGGACCCAGACCUCCUAAACCAGUCUAUUCAACAAUGGUGGCCUGAAAGCUUCGACACGAGCAUCACAUGGCUUUCUCCCAUGGACAGUUUAGACCAAGUGCCCCUGUUCAACAAUUUUCGACAAAAUCUUCUCGAAGCUGCUCCACCUCCUGUGGAGAGUCCUGGAAGACAUAGCAGUGUAUCGCAGGACGGUUCUCUCUUUUCGGGCUCAAACGAUGACUCGGUGCUAUCAGGAGAGUAUUACGUUAACGGCGAAGGCUCUCGAUGUCCUAAAUACAGUCGAAAGCGAAAGGAAUAUUGGAGCAUUGCCGAAAAUAUAACUCCAUUAUUGCAGCCCCAAGAUAAUUCGAAAGAGACUUCGAUUUUUGAGUUUCCGACAACACACUUUAUCCAGACAGACGACCCAACCUUGAGCGCAACCCUAGAUAAGCAGCUCUCCCUAGCCAUAUAUGAAAGGAUGGUUUCGUCAUUUGAAAGGAUAUGCCGCCUCGACUCCGUUAUUUUCACUCCCUUCGCAACAGGCCAUUUUCCAACCUCCGAAUUACUCACAUAUUUUUUACGCCACUAUCUGGACGGCUUUCAGCCCGUAUACCCCAUCUUUCACGUCCCAACAUUCGAUCCGAAUGAAAUGCAUUGGAUUUUGGUACUUGCAGUAUCGGCCAUUGGAUGCAAUUUUGCCAAUUCGGCAGAAGCAGCUCAAUACGCGCAGCCUCUUCAUGAGUUUGUUCGGCGCGCAAUUAUAGUAGAAAGACAGAAGAACGCGAUAAACUUCACACCUCUCUGGCUCAUGCAGGCCAUGCUAUUGAACUGCAUAGGUCUCAUACAUAGUGGAAACCCUCAAAAUAGAGAUUCCGGCUUGAGUUUGUUUAGCGAGCUUGUGCGCCUGGCUCAUGGCGGGGAUCUUUUUUCAGCUAGCCAUCAAAGCCAUGGCCAAGAUACAAGACAAUGGGGGUAUUGGAUUGAAAAGGAGACGAAGCGAAGAACCAGCUACCUUUUGUGGUUAGUAGAUACUACUUUGGCCUAUACCACAGACUCACCACCACUACUUUCUCUGAAAGAUGCUCAAACACCGCUUCCGGUCCACGAGAGGUUGUGGGAAGCGAAUUCCGAAUAUGUUUGGCAGAGUUUAUAUCAAGAAGAAAACGCAUCACUCUACUCUGCAAUGGAGACUCUGUUCAUCGAGAAGAGACUCACACCUGGUAUUGGAGAGUUCAGUCACAUUCUCCUUCUCCAUGCCCUUUACCAGAGACUGUGGGAGGUAGGCGACUACUUCCAGCGGCCUCUCUCCUGGUGGACUCCUACCGCGGAGAGACGAACACGGGAAUCUGCUCUACCUUCAAAAUCCAUCUGGUUGCCGGGGAUACCUCUAUUCUCAAAAUGGCGAAACAGUGCUUGUGAUUGUCUGGAUACCCUGCACUGGUCUGCCAAUGGAACCAUCGCCAAAGCCGCCGGGCUAGAGCACCCAACAGUCCUUCACUUACACACUGCACGUCUCGUACUUCUUGUCCCCUUCCGCGAGAUACGAACCCUAGCAAUGUCGCUAGCUCGACUAGAAGUAUCCUGGGACAAACUCGAUCAAGCACCCGAGUGGCAUCACAUAUGGCGAUGGGGCAAACACGAUCAAUAUAAAGCUCGACUCUCGAUUAUCCACGCCGGCACGGUGAUAUGGUAUAUUCGUCGGUAUUCCACAAACGCGUUUCACGAGCCAAUUGCGGUCUUUCUAGCCACUUUGACUCUGUGGGCGUAUGGACUGUGCCAUCAUCAAUCUCAAGACCAACAACCCGAAUUAUCGUCUCCGAUCUCGCAGCACGGGACGCUGGCUUCGGCUGCAAGCCCGUCAUUUAUUCAUAUCGAUCGGCCGUGUGACGAUGAAAUUGUGCAGCUGUUUGUGCGUGUCGGUCAGACAAUGAGAGGUAAUGUGACCGGUGUGGGCGAUAUAUGUGGUCCACAUGGCCCUUCGAGGAUUCUGCAGGAAGGAAUCCAUAUUCUGUCUGGGCUGGUCUCGGCAUGGGGAGUAGCUCGUGAAUAUAUUGACAUUCUGUCUCGGAUGGGGAAUCAAGCCGCGCUUGCCACGCCUGCUGCGAUUGAUGCCAGAUCCGGUGAAUGGUAG